GUUCAUUGUUGAAAUUUCAAAAAACCAGGCCCGCCAGACCUCCCUUUUUGUCAGGACCUUUGCUCUUCAAAAUGGUCAAAACUCCAAUUGUUGCUGCUUCUUCAGCAGCCAGUGCGCAAAAGCGCCGCGCAACGGCUCCUCCGGCUGCUGCUGCGGCCGCCAGCAAGAAGGCCCGCCUGGAGCCCGCGCACCACAAGCACACGCCUCCUGCAUACCCCGACGACGAUGACGACGACGAGGAGCACGACGACGAGCACGUCGAAAAGCAGGCGCACAACGCCGCCGCCUUCAUCUCGGAGUGGAACGACGAUCACGAAGACGAGGAAGAAGAGGAGAACGAAGAAGGAGAAGAAGAGGAGGACGAAGAAGAGGGCGAGGAUCAUGACGAUGACGACGAUGAUGAGCACUCCAAGAGCAAAGCCUUCCCGCCAGAGUUCCAUGCCGACGACAAAGUCAUCUUGGCCAAGCUUGCCCAGGUGUUCGAGGCAGACGAGCAGGCUUCCGUUGACACGAUCGACUGGGAGGCAUUGAAGACGGACAAGCUUUCGGCGUCAGUGAUUCGCGCUCGCUUCACCAAACUUCUCAGCGUGAUCAAAGCUCGCAAGCCCAUCAAGGACAACGUCUUCUUGCUGAGCGUGCUGUUUGGCUGGGCGGUCCAGCAGAACAAGGUGAGCUCCGAGCCUCUGCGCAUCCGCGGCCGUCGCAAGAAGGACGCCAUGGAAAAGGAUCCCAACGCGCCCAAGCGCCCGCCGAACGGCUACGCCCUCUUCGUCAAGAGGCGCCGCGAGUCGCUCAAGCAGAAGCGCACCGACCUCUCUGUGCAGGAAAUCAUCUCCCUGAUUGCCAAGGAGUGGAAGGAGCUCCCUCCCGCCAAAAAGAAGGAGUUUGAGCGUCAAGCCGAGGCCCUUCUCGUCAAGUAUAAGGCAGACAUGGAAGAGUACCUUGCCGAGCAUCCCGAGAUGGCCAAGGUCGCCAAGAACCGUCAAAAGUCCGAGCGUCUCCCUGGCGAACCCCACCGGCCCGCUACCGCCUUCAUCAAGUUCUCGGAAAAGCACCGAGCGGCAGUCCGUGAGCAAAAUCCGAACGUGCCGUACAAGGACAUCGCCAGGCUGCUCGGUGAGCGCUGGAAGAAUCUGACGGAGGAUCAGCGCGAAAAGUUCAAAAAGUCGUACGAGAACGACGUCCGCAAGUACCAGAAGGAGCUCGAGUCUUUCAACGCCGCCAACCCGGAGCUCGUGGCUCAGCGCGAGGCUGCCCGAAAGGAGCGCAAGACGUCGCGUGCCUCGAAGGGCGACGGCGGUGACGACGGCGACUCGCAUCGUCCCAAGCGCCCCAGCCGCCUGACCCCCGAGAUGACCGAUCUGCUCGAGCGCCUGCCGCAGGUCACUGGCAUUACGCCGUACCUCCAGUUCGUCAAGAGCACCCGCGAAACGUACCUCGCCGAUCACGAAGGCAUCAAGUUCUCCGACUUGCAAAAGCAGCUCGGCGAGAAGUGGUCUAGCCUCAAUGCGCGCGAGAAGGCGUACUGGGAGGACGAAGUCAGCGCUGCCAAGAAGAGCGACGAGAGCCGCCGCGUCGCCUUCCUCAAGAGUCUCUCCUUGCACCAGAAGGCUGUUUUGGAAGAGGCCCAGCGUCUCCAGGAGGAGGAAAAGUCCCUCGCCAAGCUCCAGCGAAAGUCGCGCGAAAUCACCAAGAAGCUGGAAGCGAUGCACGUUGCUGACGAGUCUACCUUCGGGACAGCAAAGUCCUCCAUCUCCCCCGCUGCUGCCGCUGCUGCGACUGCUGUGGCAGCCCCCAAGAAGAGCUCGAGCAGCGAGGAGGCAUCGGCCAGCUCGCACACUGACGGGAGCCGCCACUUCUGGGAGGUCCAGGAGGGCAAGGACUGGCAAAAGUGGGACGACGCUUCCUCCAAGCUCGUCAACUCUGCCUACAAGAAGCACAAGAAGGCCGGCGGCUCUGCGGCCGUCGUUUCGCUCUCGAUCAAGAACGUCCCCGUUACGAUCGACUUUAACCGCAUGACCUGCUCCUUCAAGGGCCGCAAGCAGCCCUGCAGCAUUCGCCGCCAGCGACAUUAAACAAGGCGACCAUAAACCGAACAAAAAAAAAAGUGUUUAUCUGAGUAGAAACGUGAGCAAGAGUUUGGGUUUGUUUCACACUUGUUCUUGUUUUGUUGUUGUUUCGUUGUUGUUGUUGUUGUUGUUGUUCUUGUUGUUGUCUUCAAAAAAGAAAGUUAGCCAGCAAAACAA